ACUCAAGGACGGUCAACAACUAUCGUGUAGUAUUUCCCGUUCAACUGAGAGUCAAAGUGACACGCUAGUGACGUGUAAGGUGCACUCGUUUUCGACGUCUACGUAAACCUCGAAUUUUGUUUUCGAUGCAUCGCUUAUUACACGGGUGAAUAUCACAGUAGUACACUCGCGCUCGCUACCUGAGGCCCUCUCGGUGUUCCCCGAGUUAUCGCACUGGAAAAACACGCCAUACUUUAUCUGGUGUUUUGCCCACUAUCAGCUGAGCAAGCUAUGCGGUGUGUUCAUGUUCAGUGACAUGCUCUCAAUGGUCCGUAAAUACGAAAGAAUGAGCGGCCGUCAGUCCUGGAGCGAAGAGGACAUGGCGAAAGCUGUCGCCGCCGUUGUCUCCGGAAAAAUGGGCUACAAAUUGGCGGCCAGAACGUAUCACAUCCCGCGCUCAACGCUGCAGCGCCGCGCCAGCAAGGUGCGAUACCAGCUACCAGACGACCCCAAGCCCCUCAUGGGACACUACAGACGUGUUUUCACUGACAACCAAGAAAAGGACCUUGUCGGCUACAUAAAGAGUAUGGAGAAAUACUUCAUGGGUGUCUCCAGACGAGAUAUAAGGGAACUGGCCUUCCAAUACGCUGAGGACAACAACUUAAAUCAUCCUUUUGACGUAAACAGUCGUAUGGCCGGCGAGGACUGGGUCAGAAACUUCCUUAAAAGGAACCCAGAGCUACUGAAUAGGUCAGAAAAAGAAUACGAACUGGAGCCCGUCAACUUCGACCAAUUCUACCACUUUAUGUGUCAACUGUCAUGAUGACUAGUCGAUUAGUUGCUACAACUAGGUAAUGUUUUAACUAAUUAGCCACAAUGUUGUGAUUGCCGCGUAACAACUUUCCUGACUCAUUCCGAAACUAUAUUGCCAACAUCACAAAAGUUACGUUUAUGAUAUUCUGAGGUAAGAUUGAGUUUCUAGACGAAACGCAUGUAUAAAAACAUGUCAUCCCACUCGAUCAUUUAAGAAAAAAGAGAUAGGAAUAUGUUUUUGUACAAAGUUAGGUACAAAUUGUAAAGGUCACUCGACUAUGUUUGACGUCAGAAUAUAUACGCAUUGUGCGAAUAAUUGCCAUGUGUCUUAACAGGAAAGUAGGAAUACGGAUUUUUGUUCUCAAGAAUUCAAUUUGGAGAAGUUUUUUUUUAUUUUUAGUAGAGAAUUCUAAGAACGAGCUAAGCUCAUAGUACAUAAUAUAUUUUUCCGUUAUCUAUAAAAAGCCACAUAGAUAUUUUGUUUGUCUACUUAUUACUUGUUAGUACUUACCAAGUCUAAUGGUUUCUAGUUGUUUAAUUUAUAGUUUAAAAUUAUGUUGGUUAAUGGUAAUUACUAAAUUAAGGGCUGUGAUUUCAGAGGAAAUGUGUUAAAAACUUGGUGACAUACGAUAUUUAUUUAGAAAAUUGUCUUGAUUAUUUUGUUAUUGACAACCCUAUAUAUUGAAAGAUUCUAGUUUAGUUACCAAA